GUACAAGGUUAAGGCAAGUUACCUACCAACAUUAUCUGAAGCUGGUAUCAGGCGAAGGAGAAUGAUAUAAAUACCUUGUACGAAAGAGAUGAAGUAUAUUCAUUUCUGAACCUAACAGAAGAGAUAAUCCCCUCAUUCAACAUGUUCGCUAAGGUUGCCUUCUUCGCCCUUUUGGCUGUUGCCUACACCAAUGCCGGAGUGAUCACCUCUCACACCGUGACCAGCCAUGGAUCUGUACAAUCUCACCCAUCACCAAUUGUGAAAGCAGUCCCAGUGGUUCACUCCGUCCCUGUUGUUCACUCUGUCCCAGUUGUUAAGAGCGUUCCAGUUGUACACACUGUUCCAAUUGUGAAAUCAGUCCCAGUUGUUCACGCCACCCCUGUUGUACACGCCGCCCCUGUUGUACCCCUUGUCCACACUGCCCCAAUUGUUCCAGUUGUCAGAUCAGCCGCUGUUGUCCACCACGCUCCAGUAAUUGCUGUCCAUCAUUAAACCUCUAAGAUAACGAUGUAAUAUUUUGUAAAUAGUCAUGCACAAAAAGCUAUGGGAGGCUUUGAAUAAAUGAUAAGUCUUUUAGUAA